GUUUCACUAAUCCCUUCAAAACAUUAUUAUUGCAUUGUUUCCUUACGUAGUCUUCGUUGCUUAAUUAUAUCCCAUUUGUUUGUUUGUUGGGUUUUUUGGGUCAUAUAUUUUAUUGUUGUUCCCUGUGACGGUUGAUGAGUUAACCACCUUUCCUGUUGGAGCUGUUUCAAGUUCCAAUCGAGAAGAUGGGGUUCGAUGAAAACAAAGAAACUGGAGAGAAAAGUGGGGCAACGGAUCAUGCAAAUGAAGAACAUUAUAAAAGUGAUGGCGAGCCCUUGAGAAGGCACGUGAGUGAUGAGUCCUCUAUCCAUGCAACUGAAGAUGAUCAUGAGGAGGAUGAAGUUGGAUCCAAAUUACAAUUGGGUCCUCAGUGCACUCUGAAAGAGCACCUUGAGAAAGAUAAGGACGAUGAGAGUUUAAGGAGAUGGAAGGAGCAACUCCUUGGAAGUGUGGAUGUGAACAAUGUUGCAGAAAUUCUGGACCCUGAAGUGACUAUUACUUGUUUGACUAUCAUCUCUCCUGAUAGAGAUGACAUUGUUCUUCCCAUUCCUGAAAAUGGGACUCCAAAGGGUUUAUGGUUUACUCUUAAAGAAGGUAGUCAUUACCGCUUGAAAUUCACCUUCCAUGUGAGCAAUAAUAUUGUGUCUGGCUUGAAAUACACCAAUACUGUUUGGAAGACAGCGGUCAAAGUGGAUAGCUCAAAAGAGAUGCUUGGAACUUUCAGCCCUCAGGCAGAGCCUUACACACAUGAGAUGCCAGAAGAAACCACACCCUCUGGGCUAUUUGCAAGAGGAUCAUAUUCUGCAAGAUCAAAGUUUCUUGAUGAUGACAACAAAUGCUACUUGGAGAUCAACUAUACUUUUGAUAUUAGGAAGGAAUGGGCUUGAACAAGGAUGGCAAUAUACUCAAUUUGCAUCUGCAUUAGUAAUUCUUAUUCAUUUAGUCAAAUAUUUUUUUUUUAUUUCUAUUGUAUUGACUUGAGAAAUUCAGAUAUAUGGUAGGUACUAAAUUCAUGUAUGUACUAAAACUAUAUAUUUUUUGGUAUUGACUAAAAGAGACAGAGGCAAAAGAGGAUUCUUUUGUAACUUUCCCA